CUCCUGCCCGCCUCGCUCACUCUGCCUGCACUGCCACUCCGCUCUGGGAGAAUGGCCACUCCGAGCUCGCUGUGGCUAGGGCUGGCCCUGCUGGGGACACUGGGGGUCCUGCAAACCCCAGCCCAGGCCUCCCUGCAGCCCAACUUCCAGGAGGACAAGUUCCUGGGGCGCUGGUUCACCUCGGGCCUCGCCUCCAACUCGAGCUGGUUCCUGGAGAAGAAGAAGGUGCUGUCCAUGUGCAAAUCGCUGGUGGCCCCGGCGCCGGACGGCGGCUUCAACCUGACCUCCACCUUCCUCAGGAAAGACCAGUGUGUGACCCGAACUCUGAUGCUGCGUCCUGCGGGCCCCCCGGGCUGCUACAGCUACACCAGCCCCCACGGGGGCAGCAACCUCGAGGUGUCGGUGGUGGAGACUGACUACAAGAACUACGCCCUGCUCCACACCGAGAGCGGCCCGAGCCCAGGCCCGGCCUUCCGCAUGGCCACGCUCUACAGCCGCAGCCAGGCCCCGGGGGCCGCGGUCAGGGAGAAGUUCACCGCCUUCGCCAAGGCGCGGGGCUUCACAGAGGACGGCAUUGUCUUCCUGCCGCGCAACGAGAAGUGCCUCGAGGAGCAUGAGUAGGUGACCCCCCCACUCUCAGGACCUGGCCAUCCUGCACUGCUCAGCUUUUCCUCCAACACCCCGAGACCUGAGACCCAGCGGGGCUCCUCCUGGCCCCGCCUC